AUGGUGAAGGAAACCGCAUACUACGACACGCUGGGCGUCCAGCCGGAUGCUUCAGACAGCGAAUUGAAGAAGGCAUACAGGAAAUUGGCGCUCAAGUUCCAUCCAGACAAGAAUCCGGACGGUGCCGAGCAGUUCAAGAAGAUCUCCCAGGUAAAUCAUCGGAAUUCCACGCGAAAAUGUUAAAAAAAAGCGAAAGGGCAGCCUAAUAUAGUGCAAAACGUUUCUUUCAAGUUUUCGAAAUUUUUCGUCAAUUAUUCGUCGAAAUGGGAGACCUGGUGCUCUGUUAACCUGUUUCCUAACGUUUUCACAAUGUAUGUUGAUUUUAGGCUUACGAAGUGCUGUCCGAUGAUAAGAAACGAAAGAUCUACGAUCAAGGAGGCGAGGAAGCCCUGCAGGGUGGCGGUGGCGAAGGAGGAGGCUUCCACAAUCCGUUCGAUGUCUUCGACAUGUUCUUCGGUGGGGGUGGCGGAAGGCGUGGAGGUGAGCGCCGUGUCAAGGCGACCGUCCAUCAGAUGCGAAUCUCCUUGGAGUCUCUUUACAAGGGAGUUACCAAGAAGAUGAAAGUCGGACGCACUGUCACCUGCAAGCACUGCAAAGGACGCGGAGGAGCCGAAGGAGCCGGCAAGGACUGCGGCGACUGCAAUGGCCGAGGUAUCAAGGUCCGGGUGAUUCGUAUGGGUCCGAUGGUUCAGCAGCUGCAAUCCCACUGCGAGACGUGCAGUGGAGAGGGCACUGUGAUCCCUGAGAAGGAAAAAUGCACGAAAUGCAAAGGACAGAAGCAGAUGAGAGAGGACGAGAUCAUCGAGGUCGCCAUUCCGCCCGGAUCCUCCGACGGUCAGAAAUUCGUGUUCGAAGGAAAAGGAGAUGAAGUGAUUGGAAUUGAAAAGCCCGGAGACUUCAUCGUCAUUCUCGACGAGGCUGAGCAUCCGAAUUACGUUCGAAAAGGAGACAACCUCAUCAUCCAGCACAACAUUGAUGUAAGUAACGUUUCAGAGUUUCAGAGUCAAUGUGGUGGCAUUUCUUCUAAUCCCUCAAUUUCCAGCUCUCCGAAGCUCUCUGUGGAUUCGUGCGCAACAUAACCACGCUCGACGGCCGCAACAUCUACUAUCGUGUUCUGCCGGGAGAGGUGAUCGCCCACGCCGCCGUCAAAGUGAUCCACAACGAAGGAAUGCCAAUCGCUCAUCGAGGCGGUGAUAAGGGAGACCUUCUGGUUCAGUUCGACGUCAAAUUCCCGGACAAGAUCAAUCCAGAGAGCGCCAAGAAACUUGUCGAUUUGUUGCCAGGAAAGAGUGAGUUUUUAGGAGGCAGUUUUCAUAAAAUAUUGCAAUUUUUCAGAAGAAGAAAUCAUCGACGAUAAUGCGGAAAUUGUGGAGCUCACAGACCUGGAUCCACGGCAAUCUCGCCGCCAACAGUCCGGAUACAGUCAAGGAAGAGAAGAGUACGAAGAGCACGGCGGACACGGAGGACACCCCGGAGUCCAGUGCCAACAGUCUUAA